UUAAAUAACAAAAGUGACAAAAACACCCGAAUAUGCAGAAACUGAGCAUAAAUAAAUUACUGAGCACACUUAACGACGUUAACAGGGCACAAGUCAGUAAUUGGCCGGUGACUGCCAUUUGUUGUCCGGUAAGGAUUAAGAUGAUUUCUCUAAACUCUCCAGCAAGUCGCACUUAGACGUGUAUUAAACAACUCACCCUUAAGUUACUAACUGAAAAAUCCGUAAAUUUAAUACCUAUGCAUCCAUCAACGCUCCAAGUCGUCCAUAAAUUUUCAAUAUCAAAUCCAAACUCAGCCUCACAACGAGUAGAAGAUGGAUAUUGACUGGAUUGUCGGUUGGUUUUUUACUUUCUUUGGUCUGUUGGGAAACAGCUGGAUUAUUUUCAUCGUCGCUAAAAGAAGAAGAUUACAGACGACAACCAACUGGUUCAUUCUUUCCUUGGCGGUGGCCGAUCUGGGUGUUACAUGCGGACAUUUUCCGGCGUCCAUGAUCUGCAAUGUGCUUUUGAAUACAUGUAACAACGACGUUCGCAUAAUAACCGCUUUCUUCUUCCUAGAAGCUUCCGCCCUUUGCUUGACAGCCAUGAUUGGAGAACGCUAUAUCGCUAUCGUGUAUUCGUUGAAAUACGUCCGUUUAAUGACGACCAAAAACACAAUUAUUAUCAUCGCGACCUGUUGGGCAAUUCCAUUUCUUUUAAUCGUUUAUGAACUCAUCAUCUAUCUUACCAGCAUCGAUUAUUACGCUGUAGGAACACCUAUAUUCGUUGCUAUUUACACAGCACUCCUCCUAGUUUUACCAACAAUACUCUGUUUCGGGGCACAUCUUCAAAUUCUAGUAAUUAUUCACAAACGCUCUAGAGAGAUGAGAGUUCUUUUCAAACAGGUUAGAUUUAACGUAGAGGCAAACUCGGUGAAAAUAAUGGGAGUUAGAAAUGUUGGAAUAAAAACGUCCACCGUAAGGUUGGUGACUGCACUUGUUAUUAUAUUUAUAGCAUGUUACGGACUAGAAAUCCGUGCGUCAAUUUGCACUUACUUCAAUCUUUGUAAUGUAUCUGACCAUGAACUAGCAGCAACAAAUUUGCUCCUAUUGGCCAAUUCUACAUUUAAUCCUCUUGUGUACGCGUUCCUUAAAGAAGAUAUCAAGAGAGAAACAAAAGCUUUGCUUUGCCGCAGGAGGGAACCAAAACUACGUCCCUUCCAGGUUCAUCCAUAGUAGCAUCGAGCUGGAAGAAUUCCUUCCAGCAAUGCCGACUAAAAAAUAGGAAAAAACUGGGACACGACUGGAAAAUUAUUGCAAAUAGUCCUAAUUCAGUGAAGCAAAUAAAGGUUGUUUAAUUUGCAA